AUUGAUUUUGCUGAAGACAAUAAUAUAAACUUAGCACCUGAAUACAUAAUAAGCGACUUUGAGAUAGCUGCAAUAAAUGCGAGCAAACAUGAGUUUCCGUUAUCUAAAAGUAAAGGAUGUUUAUUUCAUUUAUGCCAAAGUGCGUGGCGAAAAUUACAAAGCCUUGGUCUAUCUAUCGAGUAUGGAAAUAAUGAAAAUUUUAGUAUUAAAAUUCGACAAAUGUUGUCUCUUGCAUUUUUGCCCGAAGAGGAAAUUCCUGAUGCAUUCAAAGAGAUUAAAGAAAUCAUGCCUAACAAUGCAAGUAGUUUUGUGCAAUGGUUUGAAGACAAUUAUACAUUAGGUGAAGUCCGUCGUAUAGUGCGCAACACCGAACAUAGGAACAUUCCACUUUUUCCUCCAUCGUUGUGGUCAAUUUAUGAAAACAUUGAUAAUGGUAUUCCUAGGACUUCUAACCAUGCGGAGGCCUGGCAUCGGCGUUGGAAUGAAUUGGUAGGGAGGGCUCAUAUUGGUCUGUUUACGCUGAUUAAAGAACUUCAGAAAGAACAAAGUAAGGUUGACGCAGAUAUAGAAGCAAUUCUCAGAGGAGCUCCAAAGCCACGACCAACAAAUGUUCAGCAAAAACGUGAACAGCGCUUGAAAACGGCUUUUGACAAUCGUGAAGGUAAAACACGUCUGGAUUAUCUUCGAGGUAUUGCUCACAAUCUAACCAUGUAA